AUGCCUCAACAACCAAGUUCAAAGAAGCAAAAGGUUCAAGCGAAAGGUGCUAGAUAUUCUGACUCAAAUCACAAUGGUGUUGGCCUUCCUAAACUUUUUCGCCCAAAACGAUUGUUUUCAUUUGCAGAGUUGAUUAUUCUGUUUAGGAGCUGUUUUAAAGAAACAGAAGAGGAAAGAACUGGACAAUAUUCAAUGAUCAAUAAGAACCUUCUCUCAAUGGACGACGAUAUGCCCCUCACAGACGUUUCGUUCAGCAUUGAUAAUUGUUUUGAAACAUUACUCAAAACCGUCGAGCAAACCUUUGAACCUCACCGAAAAUCAACCUUAAACAGCAAGAAUCAAGAACUUUCUCCGAAAGACCACUUUCCAUUUGUUGAAAACAAGUAUUUUGUUUCAUUCUAUUCAAGAUCAGAGAAAACUAAUGUACAUGAGCUGAGUUGCCUACUGAAAGUCUUAGAGUUUAAUUGUUUUAGUAUUCUCACCGCGAUCAAUUCAAACCACGAUGACGGAGUAGGUUUCAUGGUAGCAGACCAGGCACUCGCAGCCAAAGUAUUCAUACGCCACAUGUUGUGCCUCUCCCUUGCUUUGGAGAAAUAUGACAUGAACACCAAACAAGAGGCCAUUACCGAAACAUGGCAAAGCUCUGUGUGUAGCUGCUUGGAUCUCUUGAAUGAUCUGGUCGAAAGAAAACUAGUGAGACACUCUUCCUGUUUGGAAGUACUACGAUUUGUAAUUCCCAGAACACUCAAGUUCUUUUCUUCAUUCGGCAAGAAGCAAACACGAAUCAUUUGGAAUUGUGCAGAAUCACUGCUGGUGCAGAUCUUGGUGCUGAGUUCUAACUACGACGAGCAUGAUGAGGACUUUGAAGAACUUUCUGAAAAUCAAAACCAUCAACCUGCCAUUUACUCGACAUGCAUGUUAGUAUUCAACAUGGUUAAAGACAAUUUAAUAGAGCCACAAAAUGCAUGCAACUGGGUAUUAAGGGCGCAUGAAAAUGAUCCAGAGCUCUUGUUUCAUAUUUUAACAUACCUGUUGUCCUAUUGUAAAGAACGAUUAGAAGGGAAGUCAGAAAAGAAAACCAAAAAAUCGGACGUGACUUCCGUGGUAGAAGUUAUAAGUUUAGUUGCAAAGAGUCAUCCCCAUAUUAUGAAUUUGUUUGUCAGCGACAUGGAUUUCCUAAUUUCCCCUAAUGGAACAUUAAGAAAGCUUCUUCUGGAAGUGCUAGCAUCAUGUUCCUACAAGGGAAACGAUCUAGUUAACCUCACAUGUCUGAACUUUAUUAUCAGCCGAACUCAGGAUAAGGACGGAUUUGUACGAGCAAAAGCGUUUCAGAUAUUGUCAGAAAUAGGAGGUAACGUAUCUUGGGUUGGAAGCAACCAGCAACUAUUUUCUUUCGUCUUGGAUGCUGCCUGCAAUCAUGUUUUUGACAAAACAAAAAUCGUGAGGAUUGCUGCAAUAGAUUGUUUGACUUCCUUUGUGACCAACAAUCCAUUUUCGAGAAAAUUUCCCCAGUCAACAAUCCUUGAAGGGGAGAAAACGGAUCAUGAGGAAUCUGAUGAGAAACCCCAAACUCUUGUUGAGCAUAGUGGCUGCAAGAAUUCUCAUUUGAACGAACUGUUUGUGCCCAAAAUGGUGUUUGAAUUGAUACCAAAACUCGUAGAGUCUCUUCGGUUUGUGCUGGGAUCAGGUCCUCUUUUCUGUAAGGAGUCGGUUGUUUCAAUAUUCAAGUUGUUGAAUGUUCUUAAACGGUAUAACAUUUACUGCAACUGGAGCAUGCUUAUUGAACUUGUUCAUCCAGGUAUUUCGGAUUUUGCUUUAAACGAGAUCGCCAAUUUUUUUGCAUCUGACUUCCUUAAGGAUCCAACUUGGACAUUUUUAACUGAGAAUUUAACAGAGAAGUAUCAGUCCAGAACUGUUUGGGCAUGGGGCCAGCUUCUGAAAACCCUAAAAGACAAAAACAAACAAAUACAAUUUGAUGCUGUAAUUGAAAAAUGCAACCAAAAUAACACGGACGCAAAAUCACUGAUGAAGAUGCUUGUUUUAUGCAACGUUGAUAUACGUUUUUGCAAGUUAUUUAAUAUUUCAAAUAUUUUGUCUUUCCUAGAAUCUUCUUUUGAUGGAGAAAUAGGUCAUGACCCAAAAAUUGCAAUGUGCAUAAAGCUUGUCGAGGUUCUUAUAAGCACAGAUUCAUCCUUAUUGAAAUGGGCAGAAGAGUUUGUAGAAAAGUUCAUUAUCGACCUAUUGCUCACAUAUCCCGAUGAAAUGGUCUCACUCAUUUUCUCCCUUCCCAACGGGAGAAGAACAGCGUAUUAUGGUGUUGGAAAGGUGGAAAGUGCACUUUGGCAAGCAUGGUCUUCUGACAAUGCUGUGUCUAGUCAUAGAAUGAUCUCAUUUUGCAAGAUCGUGGGAGAUGUUUGUUAUCGUAGUUGUCAAGAAAUCAAAACAUGUGCAAUCAAAAAAUUCAAUGAGAAUGCUGACAGUAUGGAUUUGGAUGAUGACGAGAUAGCAGAAUCCGAAACCGACAACUGCUUGAAGGAAACUCAAAAAGAACAAACGAAAAACAUGCUUAUUCAAAAAGCUAUUGACGAGACCAUGAUCAAUGGGUUUUUGUCUCGAUAUGUACUUCUUUUAAGGAACAUCUUGAAUUCCAAAACAUCCAAAUAUGUGAAAAGUUUUGCAGUUCUCGCACUAGGAAAAGUUUUCCUUGUAUGCCGAUCAUUGGCCUCCGAAAUUUAUGCCGAUGUUAUUGGGUGCCUUAAAAGCAUUUACACAGCAACAGAUCAUCAUUUGAUUUGCAGUUGCUUGGUUGUACUUGCAGACUCCUUCACUGUACUUCCUACAGAGGCUGAAGACAACAACGACCUCUUGUUGAAAUACGUCAAGCAUGACAAUAAGAUAGUUGCUGAUACUGCUAAAAGAUUAGUACAAGAUCUAUUCACUAGAAAAAAGUGCAAAGCAAGUUUACAAAGCCAAACAUGGAAUUUGAAAGAGUAA